AUGACAAGAAAUUACCUUUCAAAGUUUUUGCUACAAUUCUUUCUCUUCGGCGCGCUGAUAAUAUUUCCACCGCAUGUGGUGAAUGGAUUUUUUUAUACGUCGAGAUACACGGCAAGUUCACUUUAUUCAGUCAGUGGCAUAGGACUGGACAACAUAGGAGGGACGGUAGUUGCAUUCGCAGAUCUCAAUUCUGAUAAAUAUACAGACCUAAUAGUUCUAAGCGCUGAUCAAAAAACAAUAAGUUUUUAUCUAUGGAAUCAUGAUUCAUACCUAUAUUCGAAGGCACCAUCGGCAGACAUAACGAUAACUUCUGAUGAUACCAAUCCGGGGUUCUUAAUUACUAAUGUCUUGCCGGGCGAUUAUAAUUAUGAUGGCAAUUUAGAUCUAUUAAUUAUGGGACAAGUGAACCCAACAGAUCAAAAUGCGAGGAGUCAGCCACUUUACAUGCGAGUCUACAUGGGAUAUUCUAAUAGCUCAUUUGGUAGAAAUUUGGAUUCUGAAAUUUUCGUCAAUUCAUUCCCAAAUAAUUUGUUUAGUCUAACUUUUUACCUCAAACGUCCUAUUCAAGAUCUUAAUUAUUACAAUAUCACAGCAUCAACUGUACAACAACCAAUUCCAUUGGAUUUCUAUGGAACGAUGAAGACUGAUUUGCUUGGGCAUGCAUAUGACAAUAGUUCGUAUAUUUCAGUGUGGAAAAAUGUGUUUAAUGAGACAAGCAGAACUUUAUUUGAAGGUUCCAAUGAUAACGGCAAAUUCUACGGUAAAUACAACGGUGUCGAAUUGCACAUUGUCAGAACCACAUUCCAAUGCUUUCGUAGACCUCGAUGGGGAUUGUUUGGCAGGCAUGUUGUUUUCAUAAGAAACUUUCCAAUGGAUUAUAAUUCAAAUAAGUUAUCAUAUCAGAUAUGGAUAAACAAAAAGGGUUCAUAUCAAUUUAGCCAAUCAGGAGAUUUACCUGAUGGAACUGGACAGAUUUCUUUUGCAGACAUGGAUGGUGAUGGGACGAUAGAUAUGGUGUUCCCCGUAUGUCCGUCAGAUGGUUCAAAGUGUACGGUUAAUAUUGCGUACAACUUACAGAUCCCGUUAUGCUCGGGUUCAGAUACUGGGUGUAGGAGUUCAACGGAUUUAUGCGUUGCUGAUAAUAAUUUCAAGUUUAAUUUGACUUCCACCUCAAGUGAUUCUUACCUUGCACUGGAUUUAAGCAGCGAGUUACCUGAUAACGGAAAAAUAAGAUUACAGGACACCUCGUUCAAAGGAACUUUACCCAUUCCGAUUCGAAUAGGUGACUACAACCUUGAUGGUUAUCCAGAUCUACUCGUUUCCACCUCAUCACAAUCAUCACACGUAUCGCUAUUAAAGUCGGUUUUGUGCAAGUCUGAAACUUGCAAUACGGCGGCUGAGAAGGCUGGAAGACGUACAUUUACAAGAGUCACAGAUGGUGCUUCGUCCCUUAAUGACAUAUCAGAUGCUGUGUCUGCCACGUUCUAUGACCUUGACGAAGACGGAACAGUAGACAUUCUUAUUCAACGGUUUAAUUCCAGUUCUUUAAAAGAAGUUGAACUUAUACAUAACAAUUACUUUAAUGAUGCAUUUUUCCUAAAAGCUGUUAUGUUGAAUGGAGUAGCCAAAAAACAGGGAUACGGUGUUAGUUAUUCGGGUGCGUCAUAUAAAUUUACCGUUCUCGAUACAUCUGGAACUUCGAGAGCAAAUCAAGUUGCCCAAUAUCCUCAGAGCGCGUAUCAGGCGUUAAUCACACCAUAUGCAAUAUUCGGUCUGGGGCGUACCAAUAAUUACAUUGAAUUAUUUUUUGCGGGAUCUACAAGAAAUCAGAAACUACACUAUACGUCAUAUUCCGGGGUGAUACCAAAUUCUCAGCUUAUUAUUAUUCCAUAUCAGCCUCCGGGCACUACUGAUACUUCCACGUGGUCACUUGAAUUAUUUAUUCACCCUGGAGAUUGGGUUCCAUUGGUGCUGUUAGUGUUGGCUAUUUCAACCCUAGUUUUGGCCAUUAUCAUAGCAAUUUUAUAUUGGAUGGAGAAGAAAGAGGACAAGGCCAACCUGUUAAAAUUCAAACAUAAUAUCAACUUUUAA